AGCUGCUGAGGGUAGAGCACAGUGAGCAUUUUUGUUGACACGAUGGCUAGGUGGAGUGUGUGGCGCAGCCCUGUGACGCUGCCCCUACCCUGGAUAGAAGAGUUGACAUCAGGUGUGCGCUGCAGCAGUAGCAUGCCAGUGGUCAAACAGGCGUUCUCAGAAAGUGGCAGUAUUGUCAGGCCUUUCAGGGAGAUUCCUGGACUGUGGAAGAAUGGGGCGGCCAACUUGUACAAUUUCUGGAAACUGGAUGGCUUUAGAAACCUUCACCACAUUAUGGUUCAGAACUUCAAAACUUUUGGACCCAUCUACAGAGAAAAAAUAGGUUAUUAUGAAAGUGUAAAUAUCAUCAAUCCUGAGGAUGCUGCCAUCGUGUUCAAAGCAGAGGGCCAUUAUCCUAAAAGGCUGAAAGUUGAAGCGUGGACAGCAUACAGAGACUACAGGAAUCGCAAAUACGGAGUUUUGCUAAAGAAUGGAGAAGACUGGAGAUCAAACCGGGUGAUUCUCAACAAGGAGGUGAUUUCCCCAAAAGUGCUGGAAAACUUUGUGCCUUUGCUGGAUGAAGUGGGCCAGGAUUUUGUGGCUAGAGUUCACAAAAAGAUAAAGCGAAGUGGCCAGAACAAAUGGACUACUGACCUCUCUCAAGAACUCUUUAAAUAUGCACUAGAAUCGGUGAGCUCAGUGCUGUAUGGUGAGCGUCUGGGUCUGAUGCUGGACUACAUUGACCCUGAAGCUCAACAUUUCAUCAACUGCAUCACCCUCAUGUUCAAGACUACCUCACCCAUGCUCUACAUACCUCCUGGUCUGUUGAGACAAAUUGGAGCGAAGGUGUGGCGGGACCAUGUGGAGGCUUGGGAUGGGAUCUUCAACCAAGCGGACCGCUGCAUCCAGAACAUCUACAGACAGUUGCGUCAGGAAACUGGCACUCAAAAGAAAUACCCAGGAGUCCUGCCCAGCCUGCUUAUGCUGGACAAGCUAUCCAUUGAAGACAUCAAGGCCAGCAUCACUGAGCUAAUGGCUGGAGGAGUAGAUACAACUUCUAUAACGCUGCUGUGGACAUUGUAUGAACUAGCCAGGCACCCCAACCUCCAGGAGGAGCUGAGGGCGGAGGUGGCUGCAGCUCGGGCUGAAAGCCAGGGAGACAUGCUGAAGAUGCUGAAGCGGAUUCCCUUGGUUAAAGGAGCUCUGAAGGAAACACUGAGGUUACACCCAGUUGCAGUGAGCUUGCAAAGAUACAUAGCAGAAGACAUCAUUAUUCAAAACUACCACAUCCCAGCUGGGACUUUGGUUCAGUUAGGACUAUACGCAAUGGGAAGAGACCCCAAGGUGUUUUUUCGUCCAGAGCAGUAUCUGCCUUCCCGAUGGCUGAGGACGGAGACGCACUACUUCAAAAGCCUGGGCUUUGGCUUUGGCCCUCGUCAAUGUUUAGGACGCAGAAUAGCUGAGACAGAGAUGCAACUCUUCCUCAUCCAUAUGCUUGAGAACUUCAGAGUGGAGAAACAGCGCUAUGUGGAAGUGCAGAGUACCUUUGAGCUCAUCCUCUUACCAGAAAAGCCCAUAAUUCUGACUUUGAAACCCCUACAAACUAGUCAGCAACACAAUAUUUGAGAGAAAAAUGGGGUGCAUGACAAAUCAGGCACAUUUUUGUUGUCCUUUAUCAUACAUAAUUGUAAAGGGCUUCACAAGGUACCACAAUAUAAAUACAGAGUAAAAUCUUCCAACCUGAUUCGCUGGCAAAAAGCAAGAGAAAAACUUGAGGAAGGAAAAAGAAAUGCGCAUGAACAAGUUACCUCAGAUAAUCCAUAACUGGUGAACAAAUUAAUUAUGUGUUUUGUAUAUUACUUAGUGAAUAAUAAUGGAAAUGUGUAGUCUGUGUGUGUACAAUAUACUGACAAACCUGGAAUGUACAGUAUCUUUAUUCCAUAAUAUUUGAAAAUAUAAAAAAAUAACUCCCUAAAAAAAUAAAUAAAACAAUACAACUGACAGGAAA